UAGUGAUCAUAUACAUAUUCAUAUUUGUUACUAUAAAUAAAUUGACUCGAGUACGUUGUUAUUUAAAUCUUGUAUCAUGUAUAUAGGUCACUUUAUUUUCUGAAAAUAUGUUAAUUUUAAUAAGAAUCAAGAGAAGACAUGGAGGAAAGUUUAAUAAAGGAAGAGACGCCAUUGUGUGAUGUUUGUGUAAGGGAUAAAUGUACAGAGUUUGCUGAAUUUUGGUGUCGCGAAUGCGUAGAGAACUUAUGCACACCAUGUGCAGUUGUCCAUCAAAAAUUGAAAAUAACAAGCGAACAUUAUGUUCUGCCACUUUAUAUCAAAAUGAUCAUCAGUGCACAAAUUCUAGAUAUUCCUGUAACUUGCAGUAAGCAUUCAAAUCAGUCUGUUCUGUUUUAUUGUUCUGAACAUAAAUCUGUCCUCUGCAAUCUGUGCAAGAAAGAACACCACAAGCAAUGUCGUGAAUUAGAAGAAAUAAAAGACAAAACUGAUAGUGACAGUUUUAUUGGACACUUCAAGAACAAAGCAGAACAAGUUAAAGGAAGUCUUGAUCAACGUAUUGAGGAAAAAACUAAAAACAAAAACUUAAUGCAAGCUGAACAUAAUAGCAUACUAGUACAUGAUGAGAUAGGACAUUUCUGUCAAGAAAUUAAGAACAAGAUCGAUGCAUUACAGAGUGGGCUAGUAGAAAAUUUGUCGCAUCAUCAUUCGAAAAGAAUAGAAAAAGUAGACGAUAAUAUUGAAACAUUUCUUAAAAUCCAAUCAAGUGUAAAAUCCAUAGAACACGAUAUCAAAAAUGUCAGAGACCAUUUAACAAAGAAACAACAUUUUGUAAUUCUAGUCGCGUUGGAACACGAAUUACAAAGAAAGAUGAAUGCUCUUUCUCGUCUACCUACCGAUGAGGACAGAAUUCAGCUUCGUUUCCAACGAUCAAACUUACUUGAUUUGAUUACAGACCUUGGAACUAUUUCUUCAACACAUGUAUCUACAUCUUUAAUGUCAAACCAAAUUCGCAGUGUUGGGUUGAUUGCACAUGAAGAUCGUAGGCUGCAGAAUGAAGAAAACUUGGCAACAAAUAUAAUACCAGAGUCGGAGGUCUCACUUAUGAGAGAUACCGCAUUUAGUCAAACGAGAGUUGAAACAGGUUUGCGCGAUUUGAAUGAUAAAUUAGAUACUGAUUGCCAGUCAGAUAGUAACGAAACUAUUCUAUACCAUAAGGAAUCAUUAGACUUUCAGUUAGAUACAGACAAUAAACCUGGACUAUUUAUCUUUUUGGUAUUCCCUCAUAUACGAUUGGCGCUAAAUGUGUUACCGAUGGAUAUACCGCUAAAGGCGUUACAAAUGGACAUACACUAGAAAAUAUCACAAACUUAGAACAGGACGAAAUGUUAGACAACGCUAGCGCUAAACGAAAGAAGUUUAUUCAUUUAAAACAUAGUGUACAAAUCAAGAAAAUGUUAAAGGAAGAUUAUGUUAUUCCUGAUCUAUGUUGUUUUAUCGGAAAGCACAAAAUUGCGCUUGGAGAUUCAAAAAAUCAACGAAUCUUCAUUUGUGAACCGUCAGGCAAACAAUUAAAAUCAUUCGAAUCAAUAAAAAUACAGGACAUGGCUAAGUCGCCAAUAUCGGAGUCUUUUAUAUUUGUUUCUAUCAAAGACGAGGGUAUUUUACGGUUGAAAUGUGGAAAGGAAGGAUACCAUUUCAGUAAAUGUUUUGAACACAAAAAGGCAUCAGACAUAGCUUCUAAUGGAGAUAAAUUAGCAUUUCGUAUCAGUAAAAAGGCAAUCAACAUUUUAGAUUGUAGUGAAAGUUGUGGUAUAUUGCAGUGCAAGAAAGUUACAGUGUCCGUUCCACCUAAACAUUUCGACUGUGAUGCGCAAGGCAACAUAGUUCAAACUAGUCAAACAAAUGACUAUGUUUUGUCAUACGACCUAAAUGGAGGUAAUAUUUACAGAUUUCAAAAUUCUGACUUGCUAAAUGCACAAGGUAUAACAGUAGACAGCAACGGAAAUGCUUAUGUAUGUGGAUACGAAUCGAACACUGUUGUCAAGAUUAGUCCAGACGGUAAAAGCCACCAGGUUGUACUCAGAGAAGAUGAUGGAAUUAUACAACCGUAUGAUUUAGAUUACAACAAAUCAACACAAGAACUUAUGAUCA